ACUUUUUUUAAAAGUUGGGCAGGGAGAGUUGUAGCUUGCAGCUGUGUCAUCGUUUAGCCAUUAAACCAUAGUGGCCACCCCCUGUUUGAUUCCAAUUCUGUCGUUGACUUUGUUCUUCUCAUUAAUGUCUGACCACUGGGACUUUGACUGAACCAGCAGCACAGGAGAUUCUGUCUUAGUUGUGUUCUUAUCCACAGAGGAUGUUGGUGAGGAUCCUGGUUCUGCUCUACCUGGCGGGGGCACCAGCCCUAGCACAAACCCUCUGCCAGCCUAAUGCAUCAAAUGGCUACAGAGUGCGAAUCAGCAUCAAAACUGCUUUGGGAAAUCAGGCCUAUGAAUGGAAUGAGAAUGAAAUGUUCCUUUUCCGAGCAACUAUGGCCUUUGCCAUGAGGAGGUACUAUAAAACAGAAACUUACAAUGUCGACAACAUUAUCGUGUGUAAUCAGACUCGGAGGGUGUCCUUCUGGUUUGUGGUGAUAUCACCAGAAAACCCCACCAUGCUUAUUCCUAAGGCAGAUGUGGAAAAAGCUGUGAGCAUGUCAAGGCAUCGCAUCAACAACGCCUUCCUCCUGACAGAUAGGACUCUGGAGUUUCUGGGCAUCUACCCCACACUGGCAGAACCAGUCAACCCUGACACCCCUCCCUGGCUCAUCGUGUUUGGAGUGGUCAUAGGGGCUGUGUUUGCUGGAAUCAUCGCCCUGCUCGUAUCCUCUCUGCUUCAAAAGAGACGGAAAGAGAAAGGGAUGAUGGAGGAUGGACAGGAUGAAGAGGACAGGCAGAUGAAAGGAGUGGAGAAUGGCAUCAACCUGGACGGCAUCUACAACAGAGGAUUCACAGAUGACGAUCGCUUCACAAAGCUGUAAAGGCUUCCCCUGUAUAAUGCUACCAAGAACAGGGUGGGCCAAGAGACACUAAAAACCCUUACAAAUAGACUUUCAUGGACUGUGUCUACAGUUUAAAACGGCAUUUGCUGUUUAUUUUGGUUGUGUUUAAAACAAUUUUGUGCCCAAUAGAAAUACAUGAUAAAUUAUGUAUUGUGUCAUUUUGGAGUCACUUUUAUUGUAAAUAAGAAUAUAAUAUAUUUUUAAACACUUCUACAUUAAUGUGGAUGCGACCAUUUAUAUUGGGCACAAAAUAAUAUGAAAGACAACCAAAACAAACAGCAAAUGCAUUCAACAAGUUUGUAAAGUCACAAGCUUGAUGUAAUCAUUGCAUGCUAGGAAUAUGGGACCAAAAACUAAACUUUGGACUAUUUUUAAUAAUACACAUAGGUAUAGGUGAAUUUGUCCCAAUACUUUUGGUCCCCUAAAAUGGGGGCGACUAUGUACAAAAAGUGCUGUAAUUUCUAAACGGAUCACCCAAAAGUGAUGUAUAUACCCACAAAUUAAAGCUGACAUUCUGCACUUUAACCUCAUAGUCAUUGUAUCAUUUCAAAUCCAAAGUGCUGGAGUAAAGAGCCAAAACAACAACAAUUGAAACUUUGAAACUUUCAAUUGAAAAUACAUUCUUAAACCAUGAAGUUACCAAGUACUUCAGAGACAAAAAGAAGUGACAAAUGUGUCACUGUCCCAAUACCUUUGGAGCUCGCUGUAAGUAAAAAAAAAAUGCUUUUGAGAUAGGCUAUAGCGAACACAACACCUUUCAGAUCUGUUUUAUCCAUGGCUUUAGUUAAGCAUUUCUGCAAACCGAGUAGGUGGCAUCUGGUCAACAAUUGUAAUGUAUAUUUCAAAAUAAUGGUCAAAUUAUAGAAUCCCUUAAUAAACAGUGAUCUUGUUCAUUUAGAGUACUUUAGAGUACUUCAUUCGAGUACUUCUUAUCAAUCACAAAUCUGAAAAUAAUGAAAACGUAGCUACAGAGAGGCACAAAUAUAUCCGAGAGGGAGGAGAACCACCAUGAUAAUUGAUUUACAUGUAACUAAGAAAUGAUUGAUGUAAUGUCUUCGCUAGCUCCAGCAUCUAGUUAAGCGUUAACCACCUAUUGAAGUUGUUUACUGCUUUGUUUUGCACAAUGUGAUCAAAUGAAGAAGAACACCAGAACAGAUGGGUUUAAAUGUCGAAUAUGUACAUUUCCAGUCAUUGUUUUAAAGAGCACCCAUUUUGAUUUUAUAUUGUUUGUUAUGAAAAUCUAUUGUGUGAAUCAGAGGAAAUACAAAUAAACUGUCAUUUAGAUAUGUCUCUUCCUUGGCUAUUGCGGAAUCUCUCUUUCAACCUCUCUAGUCUGUUGAGAUUAAAACAGGUUAAACAUCA